UCUACAAAAAUCCGAUUUGGUGACGUCAGUUUCCUGCGACGAGGCGACUCAACAAUACAAUGCGUGUUGCUGUUUUUCCAACCAAAUAGAAAAUAGCUAACGACAUACAAUGUUAAAAUGCCAAUGUGCUGGCUUAUCAGUGAGGGGGAUAGUCAUAAACCCAUUCGACUGCCACAUCAACAGACAGUUGUCUUGGGUCGAGGUCCAGAGACGACUAUUAAAGACAAAAAAUGCUCUCGUCACCAAGUUGAAUUGAAAGCAGAGUGCAACAAAGGUUAUGUCAAAGUAAAACAGUUGGGCUUGAAUCCUACCUCUGUAGAUUCUGUGGUGGUUGGUAAGGACAAGGAGGUAAAGAUGAAGGCUGGACAGCAGCUUCUUAUUGUCAACCAGCUCUACCCAUACACAAUACAGUUUAAGGAGGAUGCCGCCAGGGACCACGGCGGCACCAAAAGACCACCAGAGCUGUCUUCAGAGGACAGAGAGAGCCGCAGACAGGAAUCAAGUCUGAAAGUAGCCAAACAGUCUGAAAGCGGCCAUGAAGAAGCUACAAAAAGCAGUGAAAGCUUUGGGCAUUGGAGCCAAGGUCUGAAGACCUCAAUGCAAGACCCUAAGAUGCAGAUAUACAAGGAUGAUAAGGUAGUGGUUAUCAAAGAUAAAUACCCCAAAGCUCGCUACCACUGGCUGGUCCUUCCGUGGCAGACCAUUUCCAGCCUGAAGGCCUUAAGUAAGGAGCACUGCGACCUGGUGAAACACAUGCAGCAGGUGGCUGACCAGAUGGUUCAGCAGUGCCCAGAUGCUAACUCGCUACGUUUUCGUAUGGGGUACCAUGCCAUCCCCAGUAUGAGUCAAGUACACCUGCAUGUGAUUAGCCAGGACUUUGACUCUCCUUGUUUAAAGAACAAAAAGCACUGGAACUCAUUUACGACUGACUAUUUCAUGGAGUCGCAGGAUGUCAUUCAGAUGCUUGAAACAAAUGGAAGAGUCGACGUGAAAGAAGGAACCAGCGAGUUGUUGAAACUACCUCUGCGCUGUCACAUCUGUCGCAAAGAUAUUCCCACUAUACCAGCUCUUAAGGAGCACCUAAAGUCUCACUUUCCCAGCUAAAAAAGUGAACUCAAUAAAUGCCUCAAGUCUUGAUUGAAUCAUGAUGGAUUGAAGUGUGUUGGUCAUUAUGUUUGCCAAUAAAUUCUGAAUCACA